AUGCCUAUCCACGAAUUCCAGGUUGUUGGCCGUCACGUUCCAACUGAGAGAGAGGCUCACCCAAAGCUCUUCAGAAUGAGACUCUUUGCUAAGACCUCUGUCCACGCCAAGAGCAGAUUCUGGUACUUCUUGUCAAAGAUCCAAAAGAUGAAGAAGGCCACCGGUGAGAUCCUCAACGUCACUGAGAUCUUCGAGGAGAAGCCACAACAGAUCAAGAACUUUGGUAUCUUCAUUAGAUACAACUCCAGAUCUGGCACUCACAACAUCUACAAGGAGUACCGUGACGUCACCCGUGUCGGUGCUGUUGCUCAAAUGUACGACGAGAUGGCCUCCCGUCACUCUGCCAGAGAGAAGACCAUCCACAUCAUUGAGAUCAAGGAGGUCGCCGCUGCCCAGACUCGCCGUACCAACACCAAGCAAUUCCACGACUCGAAGAUCAGAUUCCCACUCACUCACCGUGUUCCAAAGAGAUUGCCCCAGUUCAAGGCUACCUUCAAGGCCACCAGACCCAAGACCUUC